AUGGCGAACAACACCAGAUACUACUACUCGCUCCCAACACAACCGCCCCAGCAGCCACGGUCAACAUCAGGCAGCCGUCGUCCACCGCUCACGCCUUCCACCGUCUCAUCGCCAUGUCUCACAACGCAGUCCACGAUAGCAAGCCGACGAGACUCUGGAUCGGGCAGUCCGACCAAAGCCUCAGCCCUACUAGCCAAGGUUGCCUCACACCCAUCCACGCCGAGGGCCGAGACACCGAUGGGUAGCCCGAUGUCCUCGCCAGAAGAGAGAAUGCACUCAAGUCCAAUGUACAGCCCAGAUCGGCCUGCGGUGUGGAGGAGCGAGAGUGCUCGUUACGUCCAUCAGUACAGGCAGCAGGAUGGUUACAUUAGCUUCCCAGACUUUGAGAAGUUUUGCCAGUCGCAAAACCCUUACCAGCAGCCGCGGAGGGAGCAUAGCGCUGUAAGGACUUGA